AUGUCUCGACUUACGAUUCUCUUUGUCAUCGCCGCGGCGUAUGGAGUGAUUGCAGAGGAUGUUAGGAAGGACAACUCCGCUACAGACUCUCGUGCUGACGGGAGUGGAUUGAUCGGUGUCAGUUCCGGUUAUGGACUAGGCGGUCUUGGCGGCAACGGACUGGUCGGAGGCGGCUGGGGUCUCGGCGUACCCUCCGCUGGUUACAAUGUCGGUUACGGUGCCGGAUCAGGCUUGGUAUCAACGGGAGCAGGCGUCAUCGGCGGAGGUGGUAACCUGAACAACGCCGCUGCUGCCGGUGUUGCUCAACUCAGUGCUAUUCAAAACGCUCAGGCUGUCCAAGCUGCCCAGAUCGCCAACGCUGCCGCUGCCGCCAUUCAAGGCGCUCGUGUGACAGAGGCUGCUGCCAGGGCUGGACAAGCCAACGCCAUCCAGAACGCCCAAGCAUUAGACGCCGCGCGUUUGGCCAACAUCCAAAGAGCGCAAGCUGCCGCCUACGAAAACGCACGUGCCGCUGAAGCCGCGAGACGCGCCUCUGUUGCUGCUGCCAAUGAAGUCGCGCGCGCUGUAGAAGCCGAACGUGUUGCUAAUGCCGCUCGUGUCCAAGCUGCCGCUAUUGCGAACGCACGUGCCAUCGAAGCCGCCAACAUUGCGAACGCAGCGAGAGCUCAAGCUGCCGCUAUCGCCACCAGUGCCGCUCAGGCUCAAGCUGUUGCCGAUACAGUCGCGAGGAACGCCGGUGCUGGCGGUCUUUGGCUCGGUGGCGGAGCAGGUUUAGGCAACGGAGGUGCAGUAAUCGCUGCCGCACCCGUAGCUGUAGGCAAUGCUAUCCCAGUAGGAGUUGCUAACCUUGGCGGUCUCGGACUUGGCAAUGGACUGGGCGGAUGGGGACUUGGCUACGGUCUUGGCGGUGGUCUCGGGGGCUAUGGCAAAGGACACUAA